AAAGUAAAAACGAAAUGGUGAACGUUGGAGUAUGCUCAUUGAUUUACCCGCUACUCACCCUAAUUCAAAUUCGAAAUUCAAAACUCUCAAGCAAACAAAAAAUUACGAACAAUAGCGAAAGUUGAUUCUUCGUUCUUCUUCUUCAUUUCUCUCUUCCAUUUUUUCCUUUCCAGCUUCGAACAACAAUGGAAGAAGGUAACACCGAUCUUCUCUGUCCAUCACCCACACCCUUUCGAUCUUCUUCACUCCUCAAAGACAUUUCCAACUUCAAAACCCCUAAACGCUCCUCUUUCUCUCUCAACGCCCAAUCUCCAUCAACACAGUACUUCACCGCUUCCAAAUCCAAACAAACCACACUCCUCCGUCGCCCUAAGAAAUCCUCAACAGCUGCUUCUAAGAAACUCAAAGCAUUCCAACUCGAACAGUCUCACUCUUCUCGAAACGCACAGAUUAAAAAAGAACAAUCGCUCAAAUCCCUAGCCAAAUCCCUAACCGUUUGGCUCAAUUUCCUUCUCGAAUCUCCUGCUUCGUGCGGUUGCGAACUUUCAAUUGCUGGUGUUCAGAUAGCAGAUGCUUCUCCGGCGACCAAAGGGAAACGUGAUAAUGUAUCGAGAAAUUCGGUUGGAGUUGAUUCUUCCUGGCGAACUCCCAAACGCCAGAGGAAGACCGCGGCAUGUUCGUCGCGAGUUGGUAAGGAAAUUGUGUCUAAUGCGGAUUCACAGAGUUCUUUGUUUUUGCGAUUAAAGGAUUCUCUGAAGGAUGUAUGUAGUUUCGAUGAUUUCAAGCAGCGGAUGAGUGUUUAUUUGAGUCUCGGAACGUGUGAAGAUAUCUUCCAUGUCAUGAAUCAUGUUACCAAGACAAUUGAUGAAGGAAGGCUAAACAUGAAGGCACAUUGCCCAAUAGUAACAGAUUUUGGGUUGAAGGAUAAGGCUGUAAAAGUCCUUAUGUGUUAUAAUCCAAGUUGGUUGCGAAUCGGACUGUAUAUAAUUUUUGGUGGGGACUCAUUAGUGUCAAAUGGGGAUGGUAAUUCUGAUCAAGAUGCUAUGUUUCUGAAAAUGGUCAUUGACAAACUGUUUUUUACACAUGAGGGUUUAGCCAAAGCAUAUGCAUAUAACAAGAUGGUUGAAGGAGUUUAUAGGUCUGGUUACUAUGAGAAUUUAGGGAAUGUGAUUUUGAAGAGAAUAUUGUUGCUUGUGCUAAUCCUUGAUAAAGCUAAAUGUCAAUGUUGCCUCCCUAUUGAGUAUGGUAUUGAUGGAUUGGAUGGUGGUUCACCUUUAUUAUUCAAAGCAGAGUUUUGGAUUAAAUCAAGUAGUCAAGUGAUUCAGGAAUUUCUCUCAUCUGAUGUAAUGCGCGGAGAAGGAAACCUUCUAACACAUUUGAUUAUUUUAGGUUACAAAGUGUCUCACCAACAGGGGCCUCUUGUUGAGUAUGAUUUCCGAGUCAGAGAUUUAUUCAUAGAUCUCCAAGACGGGCUAAAACUGUGUAGAGCUAUUCAUCUCCUGCAAAACAAUUCUUCUAUACUCAAGAAAAUUGUAGUUCCUUCUGACACCCGUAAGAAAAAUUUGGUAAACUGUGGUGUUGCCCUACAAUAUCUUAGACUAGCUGGGGUCUCAUUACAUGAUGAAGACGACACAAUGAUUGCAACAGAUGAUAUUAUUUAUGGGGAUAAAGAACUUACAAUUUCUUUGCUCUGGAACAUGUUUGUUCGUUUGCAGCUGCCUUUGCUGGUUGAUAAAACAAGUUUAGUUGGGGAAAUUUCAAAAAUUCGUGGACUUGACACGGAUCUCGCAAGCGAUGCAAAUUCUAGUUCUCUGGAUUUGCUUUUGAAAUGGAUUCAGGCUGUUUGUGACAAUUAUAACUGUACAGUUGACAAUUUUUAUUCCCUUGUUGAUGGCAAAGCAAUCUGGUGCUUACUUGAUUAUUACUUCCAGAAGGAACUUCACAAUGUCAGUUCAUUGAAGGAAGUUUAUGAAAAAAGUGGUAAGACAUCAAUUAUGUCAGUUAAUGAAUAUUCGGAUGCAUUGUACAAUUUCAUAUUAUCCCAGAAAUUGACCACGUUGUUGGGGAAUUUUCCCGAGGUGCUUCAAAUUAGUGAUCUACUUCAGCAUAAUGGUGCUUGCAGUGAUCGAAGUGUUGUGAUAUUGGUUGUUUUCCUGGCAAGCCAAUUAUUUGUCAAGAAAAAAGUGGAUCACUUAAAUUUUCAUAAGCUAUUGGGCUAUGACUCCCAAAACACAAAUCGUAGGAAUUUGAGGACGGCACAAUACCAUUCUAGUUCUGAAUCAGGACAAAAGCCUUAUGCUUCAGAUGUGUGGGAUGAUGAAGAUUCGGCAAGAAAAUUCAAGGCCAUCCAGACUUGGUGGCAAGACAUGGCUGAUCACAACUGUAUUAUGCAGCCAUCUGUCUCUAUUUUGCAGACAUCUAGGGCCACUGAAAGCAACACUGCUGUUAGAAGAGAAGAUGCUGCAAGAACAAUACAAGCACACAUCAGAGGACUGGUUGCACGGUGCAAGUUUCUCAAGAUGGUAGAUGCUGUUACCCUUUUGCAGACUGUUUUCCGAGCUAGGAAGAAAGUAAGGCAGGAGCCGGUUUGCAUGUUAUUCACUGCUGGUCCAAUCUGUGAUUUCUCAUGUGAAACAUUGAAGCAAUCUGAAGUAUAUGAGAGGUAUGCCAUGCUUUUCUAUCAUAGGCAUUCUUUUUUGAGGUUGAAAAGGUCAGCACAGCUUAUCCAGCAAGCAGUGAGGGGUUGGCUCUAUUGGAGGUCUGAACACGUAUGUAGUAUAAGUCCUGACCUCAUGAUUUCAGACACAGUGACUGCUGCCACUACUGUUCAGAAAUUUGUUCGUGGUUGGAUGGCGCGGUCUAGAUAUAUUUGUGAGCUAGAUCAAAAAGAAAAAGCUCUAAAAUUUUCUGAACAGAAACUUAUCUCUGAUCUUAAAACAAAGGCAGCUGUUACCAUUCAGCUUGCUUGGAAAAACUACAUAAGCUGCAAGUCUACAAGGAAGGAGCACUUAUUUGCAACUAAAAUUCAAUGUAAUUUCCGUAGGUGGUUAAUGAGAAAACAAUUUUUAAAUCAGAUUCGUGCUGUCAUAAAAAUUCAAUCAUAUUUUCGAAUGUGGAGAUGUGAGAAUGCUAUUCAGAACUUCAAAGCCUUGUUUAAGUCUGCUAUUGUCAUUCAAUCUUUUUUUCGUGGAUGGAUUGCUCGGAAGCAUGCUUGUACUCGUAGGAAUCAGAUUCUUGAGAUUCAAAGGCAUUGCCGCGGUUGGCUUGUGAAACGAGAUUUUGUGUUUCAAAGAGAUGCUAUAAUAAAAAUCCAGAGUGUCAUUAGAAGCUUGAACUGCCAGAAGACACUCAAUUGUCAGAAAGAUGCUGUAUUGGAGAUUCAGCGCUCCAUCAGGGGGCAUUUAACUCGAAAUCGGCUAUUAGGUAGUGCUUCCAAGUUACAUGCAGCUGUUACUGGUAGUUGCAUUUCAAGACCUGUUGGCUUACGCAGUUUUCAACUUGAAGCAUUCAUGUGUGCAGUAGUGAAAUUGCAAAGGUGGUGGAAGGGUCUCUUGUUGCUUAAAUUGAUGAAUAGGUCAGCCGUCAGAAUCCAGUCUUGUACACGUGGGUGGAUAGCCAGGCGAAAGGCCACAGUUGAGAAACCCCGUACUAAUGUCAUGGAAGAACAUGCCGCAUUGGAGCUCCAGCGCUAUAUUAGGGGACAUUUAACUCGAAAUUUGAUAUUAGGCAGUGCUUCUAAGCUGCGUGCAGUUGCUGCUGGAUGCAUUUCAAAACCAACAGGCUGUUCUAGUUUUCAGUUAGAACUAUUCUUGUUUCAAGUAGUGAAAUUGCAACGACGGUGGAAACAUCUCUUGUCACAUAAACGGAGGACAAAGUCUAUAAUCAUUAUACAGUCUCAAAUUCGUGGGUGGGUAGCCAGGCGAAGGGCCAAUAUUUAUAGACAUCAUAUUAUUGUCAUACAGUCUCAAAUUCGUGGAUGGGUAGCCAGGCGGAGGGCCAACUUUUAUAGGCAUCAGAUUAUUGUCAUACAGUCGCACUGGAAAGGUUACAUUGCUCGUAAGCAGUCAACAAAACAGCUAAUGGAUUUGCGCUUGAGAUUGCAAGAGUCUUCAAAAAAUGUGGAUGAUAGCAAACGUCUCAUAAACAGACUCCUGGCAGCGCUUUCAAAGCUACUUAAUAUGAAGAGUCUCAGUGACAUCCUUCAUACUUGUUCAACAUUGAAUUUGGCGACAGGGCAUUCUCAGAGAUGCUGUGAAGAACUUGUGGCUGCUGGGGCCAUUGAGACCUUGCUGCGCCUUAUUGGAUCAAUGAGCAGGAGUAUCCCUGAUCAAGAGGUUUCAAAACAUGUUUUAUCAACUCUUGGAAACCUUGCUCGCUAUCCUCAUCUACUAGAAGUGUUGAUACAAACACAGGGUUCUAUACAAACAAUCGUCUUGGAGUUAACAAGGAAUAAGGAGGAGGGCUUCGUCAUUGCUUCUGGGCUUUUGAAGAAAAUAUGCUCAACUCACAAUGGCGCUGACACCAUACUUAAUUCCUCUGCCUUACUGAAGAGACUGCACGCUCUUGUUGAAGAGCUUACUAGGAAGGUCACUUACCAAAAAAGAAAUGUUCGGGGUCCUACUCCUAGUCCAGUUGUUACUGUUAAAGAAAACACAGAUAGAAGAUUGAAGGAAGCUACGGAGAUUCUAAAGCUUCUAAAACACCGUUGAAGUUUUUUCUGUCGAGUAAUGCUACUUGCAAAUCUUGGCAUGCAUCCUUUCCUCAUCUCGUGGAUUUUGGAGGGAAUUUUCUUUACACCGGAUUUAAAUCUAGCAUGUACAUUGCAUAUUUUAUGUACUAACAGUAACAUCUUAAUCCAAGUUCUUAGGCGAUUAAACGUUUGUAUAACUAACUACUUACACAGUAUAUGUUCAAUUUAAUAUGAAGAUAUACUAUUCUUGAUUUAUUAUAUUGAUAAAUUGGUUCA